AUGGUCUUUCAGACGGCUGGUGGAGACGUUGUGGUUCACUAUGUCAAAGGCUGCGCUGAGGUCAAGGACAGUUCAAAUGGAGCACAGUCCGACCCUCUAGAUGAUGAUGAUGAUGAUGACGAUGACGGUGAUGACGACUGCAGCAUCACUGUCAUUUCUAAAGCUUCCAUCAGCCUGAAUGGAAACAGACCAAAGCAAGAGGAGGAGCUGAAGAGCUGCUGUGUUCUGUCUGUUGUUCAUUCACUACAAGAGAAAGUAAUGCAGCUCUUCUUCGUUUGGAUGAUGAUCUUCAUGUUUCAGACUGGAUCCUCAGAGGAUUUACUGAAACCAUUUAAUGAUGUAAUGCUGGCUUUGGAAGGAGACAAUGUGACUCUCUCCUGUAACUAUUCAGGCUCUCCUGAUUACUUCUACUGGUAUCAACAGAGGUCCAGUUCAUCUCCAAAGUUUCUCCUCUCAGGAUAUUCAGGGAAAACAGCGAGGUUGUCUUUUAAACAAGACACAACAACAAAGGAGUUUCAUCUGCAGAUCUCCUCUGCUGCAGUGUCUGACUCUGCUGUGUACUACUGUGCUGUGAGGCCCUUUGUCACUUUGUUUCUGCUCACAAUAAGAGGUGUCAGCUGUGAAGACCUCAGUCCAGUCAACAAUGAAGAGUCCAGUUUAGAAGACAGCACUGUUACUCUGUCCUACAAAUACUCCAAACAAGCAGCUGUUGGUGAUUAUUUCUUCUGGUAUCGACAAUAUCCAGGAAAACCACCAGAGUUCCUCAUCUCUCACUCGGCAACAGGAAAAGUAACAUCUAAUCCAGUCUCCAGACUGACUGUGAAAGUGAGUGAGGAUCAAACCCAAAUGGAUCUGCAGAUCUCCUCUGCUGCAGUGACUGACUCUGCUCUGUACUACUGUUGGAAGAACAUUGCUGCUCUGCUGUCUGUUGGACUUUGA